UGCUUGUGCGCAUGCGGGGGUCAGGGUUGACAGUCUCUACACAGUCGUGGAAGGAGUGCGGCGGCUAAGCUAACUGCAGCCACCGCAACUAGCUACAUGUGGAGGGUAAAACGGGAGGCAUCCCCGACCCUAACUCUGUCAAAAUCCCUCCUUUUCACCCAAAACAACUCUUAAGUUCAGCCUCAUCGAAAAUAAGGGAUAUAAUCUGUUUACAAUGAAAGGUAGCCGGAUCGAGCUGGGGGAUGUUACGCCCCACAACAUUAAGCAGCUGAAACGCCUGAACCAGGUCAUCUUUCCUGUCAGCUACAACGACAAGUUUUACAAAGAUGUAUUGGAAGUUGGAGAGCUUGCAAAGCUAGCUUACUUCAAUGACAUUGCAGUGGGCGCUGUGUGCUGCAGAGUGGAUCACUCUCAGAACCAGAAGAGACUGUACAUCAUGACACUUGGCUGUCUAGCACCCUACCGUAGACUUGGAAUUGGUACAAAGAUGCUGAAUCAUGUGCUAAACAUCUGUGAGAAGGAUGGCACUUUUGACAACAUUUACCUUCAUGUGCAGAUCAGCAAUGAGUCAGCCAUUCACUUUUACCAGAAGUUUGGCUUUGAGAUCAUCGAAACAAAGAAGAAUUACUACAAGAGGAUAGAGCCUGCAGAUGCCCAUGUGUUGCAGAAGAGUCUUCGCAGCCCGUGUGCACCCCCGACUGGAGAGCUUCAGAAGGCAGAGUAGGGGCACAGCAUUUGGGAAGAGCACAGACGUGCCCGCCUCCACAGAAACAGAACUGUGACAAAUGCCCCAGGGUCGACACGUUCAACACUUUCUUCAAAGGACGCUAAAAAGACAUAAACGAAUUUAAAGUACAAAAAAUGCUGCAUUUAUUUUGCAAAGGGGUCCCCUUUGAGUUCUGCAUAUUUUAUUGCUCCCAUCUCCCAGAAUAGAGAAUUGAAAAUGUCAAAAAGUUCAGUUUCCAAAAGUGCUCCUGUUAACAGAGUUACAAAUUUCAGACAGUUUUAGGCUUGGUGGAGGGGGAGGGUGUGGUGUUUGCAAAUCAUACUGUUUGUGUUUGAGUUAUUCUUAUGCGGUUAUUAAGCUAACGGGGACGUGUGUGUACUGAUGAGCUAAAGAAAACAGCUGAAGCUGCAGAAGUGUUUGAAAGACCAUCAUAACACAAAGUCCCAGCUGGUCAGCUUGGAGUUGAUGCUUUGAAUUGUUUGUGGAAGAGUCAUGCCGCUGUUCCCUCGCCUCCUGAACCCUGGGAUUCAUAAGAACUGUGUCUGACCAGUUUGUUGAUUUGUCAUCAUCAGAGAGGGAAUGAAGAAGUGCACCUCCACGGUACAGGCGUAAGGAAGGCCGAACGGUUCUGAGGUGGUGGGAAGACUUGGUCACCACUCAUUGUUUCUGAAUAACUAUUUUCCAGCCUGUUAAUUUAAUUCCCCUCCGGUUGUUUUUUUUUUUAAAUUUCCACAUAAAGACGGCAAGCGGUUCAGAGGCUCUCCAGGGAUUACUAUUACGAGUGGACACACAUUAGAAAUGAGAGAAACUAAAUAUUUUAUUGAAUGUGUUUCUGCAAAGGGCGCUUAGUGUUUUUGGGGAAUGUUUGAACGACAACAGAUUGACUGUUUAGUAUUAGAUUUGGGCAUUGAAGGUGUGUACGGACAUGUGUCUCUCAAUGCAUGGAAGCGUUUUGAGACAUCUUACCUUCAACACCUAUGGCACCUUAUGUAGCCACCAAGCAGGGACUGGUUUUCUCAAACCUCCUGCCUCAAGUCAGUCUCUGUUGUCCCAAACCGUCAUUAGGUUUAGAAGCCCUGCAGAUUGUUUGGACAUUUUGGUAUGGUCUUUUUGAAAAGUGUUUUACCCUAAGGAAGCUCUGACCCCUCUGCAUGCCAGGAGAGUUGUGUCCUCUCCACUGUAGUAUAAGCAUGUCUUUCCUUUCUUUGAAGAAUUUUAUCUUUUCUGGAGCUCUAUAUUGUAAGACUUUUUAACGUCUAAAUAAAGGAAUUACUAUUUGCAGUAAA